AUUCUUAAUAGAAGUGUUGUUGUGUGAAAAGUCAGCGACUCUCUUCCUCUCUCUCUUUCUCUUCCUCUUGAAAGAAUCCAUUUUUCUCUUUUGUUUCAUCUUGAAAACUCAAACCCUGGUUGUGUUUUUGCUCCCCAGAAAGAAUUUAAUCUCUUCAUCCUCCAAAACCCAAGAAAAUUUCCGCAUGUUUCAUAUUUUCUUCACACGUUGAACUCUCAAGUAGUAUGUGCAGUUUCUUCGGGCUUCCGAUGGAGAAUUAUCAAGGCGAUUUGACUGAUAUUCUUCGGUCGAGCUCAGGUAAUUCGUCGUCUGGUAUUAAUACUAACUUUAACAACAAUAACAGUAAUCUUCAAGCUUCUUCAACCUGGCAAUUCCCAUCUUCGGAUCCCUUGAAUUUUUCUUUCACUUCCGACGAUCAUAGAGAUUUCUUCUUCGGUGAUCCCUUCACCGCCGUUCGAGAUCCGCUUCUCCACGAGCUCAACAUGGCUGGUUCUGGCGGCUAUUACAGCAGCGCUCCGAAUUCAGUUGAACUGAUGUCAACAACUGCCAGCACCAUUGUUGAUGAAACUGGCACUUCUUCUUCUCCAAGCUAUCCUCAAAGGGUUUUCGAAGAUGAUUUUAAAUCACCUUGCAAUAUUUUUUCCCGGAUUCAGAUCUCACAAAGUCCCAAGCAACUGCCGGUUUCGCCAUGUGAUUCGCCAGUUCUCGCCGCCGCCGCCGCUGCCUCGCCGAGGGGAAUUAAGGCGCCUGCUAUGCUUCCAAGCGACAUGAUUAAUGCAACCACCUCUAAAAAUUGUCUUCUUGAUAACACUUCUGGACCUUUGCAGAUCUCAUCCCCGAGGAAUCUGGGCAUCAAAAGAAGAAAGAGCCAGGCGAAGAAGGUGGUGUGUAUUCCGGCGCCGGCAGCUGCAAACAGCAGGUCAAGUGGAGAAGUGGUUCCUUCUGAUCUCUGGGCAUGGAGAAAAUAUGGACAGAAACCCAUCAAAGGUUCACCUUAUCCAAGGGGAUACUACAGAUGCAGUAGCUCGAAGGGAUGUUCAGCAAGGAAGCAAGUUGAGAGAAGCCGAACGGAUCCAAAUAUGCUGGUGAUAACCUACACUUCUGAGCACAAUCAUCCAUGGCCGACGCAGAGAAAUGCUUUAGCGGGUUCAACAAGGGCUCAGCCGUCUAAAAACACCGCGGCAAAGACCUCAGCGAGCUCCAGCUCUCAGCCUCAAACCAACACAAAGGAAGAAGUGAAGGAGAAUAGCAAUGACGAUACAAUGUCGCCUGUGAUUGCAGCUAGUUCAAGCGCUUCAGUCAAAGAGGAGAUGGAGGAAAUGGAGAAGCCGCUUGAGAUGGACCAAGAUUGUGAAUUUAAUGAAGGGUUUUCUCAGAUAUACAAACCGGCAUUGAUGGACCAGUCGAACCAAUGUCAUGAAGAUUUCUUCGCCGAUUUGGGAGAGAUAGAAGCCGAUCCUCUUAAGAUCUUAUUUAGCCAUGGAUUCAGUGGAGAUGUACAGAAAGAAAACAAGGGUUUGGAUCCUUUUAAUCUCUUUGAUUGGUCAGAAGACAACAACAAUAAUUCUACUUCAUUUGGAGAAUCCAAGAGGGGUUUAUAACAAGACCUUGAAUCAGCUAGAACAACAACAACAACAAAACAAAGAAAUUAAAGACUAUUUUCAUUUAAUUUAUGUGGUGCAACUGCAAUAUGUCAUUCAAGGUCAUGUUAUAAACCUUUAGCUUGCCAUUCUGGUUUGAAUUUCAGAAUUUUUCUUCUUUUUCUUUUC